UGUGAGAUUAUUUAAUGUUGGCCACCGGUUUUCUGGCUCGCAGAACCGUACUUAACCAGCCGGCGUUCAAUUCAUGGAGCACACUCCUCCGGACCGCUAGAAAACGACCCACAUCCACGGUUGCCGCCAGAGUUCCACUAAAGCUUCAGUCACAGCGGCAAUUCACAAGAGCAUACUCGUCCUCCAAAGCCAUGGAAACGCCGGCGGAUGUAUUCCGCGGCAUUACGGACCGAUUUGCCGGAGUCACAGUCGAUGGACGCGAGGAGAACGUGGACAAAGCCAGUUUCCGGGACAAGCUGACAAAAUCCCUGGACUUUUGGACGACGAACAAGAACCGGGCCAUUUGGUUUCGUGUGUAUAAGGAGCAGGCCGAAUGGGUGCCCAUUCUGGCGGAGAACGGCUUUGAUUUCCAUCAUGCCAAGACCGGUGUGGUGGUCAUGUACCGCUGGCUGCCGGAGCACGAGUCCAGCAACCUGCCCACCUACGCCCACACGCUGAUGGGCGUCGGCGGACUGGUGAUCAACGAACAGGACGAGGUGCUGGUGGUGUCCGAUCGUUAUGCGAUGAUACCGAACAGCUGGAAGCUGCCCGGCGGCUAUGUGGAGCCGCGGGAGAAUCUCAUCGAUGCGGCGAUACGCGAGGUGGCCGAGGAGACAGGAAUCCGCACCGAAUUCCGCUCAGUGGUCAGUCUGCGGCAUGCCCAUGGCGGCACCUUCGGCUGCUCCGACAUGUACGUGGUCAUCGCCCUAAAGCCACUGAAUUUGGACUUUACGCGCUGCGAACGCGAGAUAGCGCGCAUCCAGUGGAUGCCCAUCGCGGAGUAUCUGAAGCAUCCGCAGGUCCACGAGACGAACAGGCAGUUUGUCUGCACCUUUUUGGACUACCAGAAGCGCGGCCUGACCCUCACCUGUCGCGACGAAGUGCAUCAGGUGCUGAAGAAGAAAUACAAUUUGUAUUACGUGGAUCGGGAGCAGCAGGAUAAAAAGAAUUCGUGAGACUUGUCGGUGCACUGGCUAAAUCCUUAGUGCAAUUUUUAUAAAGUCCUUUCUUCCAAAAGCCAGCAGCAGCACAACUGCGCAUUCAAAUGUUCACAAUGUAGUCAAUAAAUGCUUUUUUUUGUAUAUAAUUAUAUGAAUUUAUCAAUUAAAGCUCACGCAGCCUUUUAAAAAA